UGCGCGGGCCGCGGCGGCGGGGGGCCGGCAGGGGGCGCCGCUGUGGCCGGGAUGGAAUGUCACGUUUCCACGUGGGGAGCGGAGCUGCAGGGCCCGCCCGCCCGGCGGGGUUAAACCCGCUCCUCGUCCCUCCCCCCCUGCCGCUGGAGCCCUCUCCUGCCGCGCCUGGGGCUGCCCCCGGGACAGGGGUGCAGCUCCCAGCCCCCACCGGGCCCAGCAGCAAAUUAAAUGUUCGUUGUCGUUAUUGUUCCUUCCUCACGGACAGCCCUAAAGCCCCAAGCUUCUGGGGGCUGUUGCUGAGCUGCCCUUAAAAUACCCCACGGGCUGCUGGAAGGCGAGAGGUUUUUAAGAGGGAAAACAAGAGAGACCCAAAAUCAAGAAGUCCAGAAUGACCGGCAAUCUGUGUAAAAGAGUUGCCUGGAGUGACCAGGUUACCUUUGAUAUGAAAUAUGAAAGAGAACAAGAAAAGUCUGAUUCUGACGUUGCCCACAAAGGGAAGUCAAAAGAAAAGGAAAAGCGACUGAAAAACACAUUGUGGAACUUGGAUGUACAGCCUCUCAUCUCAUCCAAUAAAUGGCUUCAGCUUCAUGGACUCAAGAGAAAUAAACUGUCCCUCUCUCAGAUUUUAUCUCAAAUUGGAUUUCAGCACAGGGAAGAUUAUGUGUCCACCUUGGGGAAAUUUGUGGCUUCUCGGUAUGCAGAUGGUCUGUUUCCUCAAUAUUUGAGAGCACAAGAUGGCAGAGUAUAUAAUCUGACAGCCAAAAAAGAGCUAAUUCUUCAUUUUGUGGACUGUCUAACUGGAGCUAUUGAGCUGUACAAGCAGAGAAUGGAAUGGCUAACUGGUGAAAGUCGGCAGAUAUUUGGAGUGAUUCAGGAAUCAUGCAUCAUCAUUGUUCUGGACUUUGGUACUGUGUGUGGAACAGAAUUUGACCUAUGCCGUGAUGCGCUUUCUAUGGUCCUCUCACAGCAAGUGGCCCAGCUCGCUAAGUUUAACCUCAUUUGCACUGCACAAGAUCUUGUGAAGUGGCAACAGAAAGCUGUUCCUCUGUCUGAAUAUUCUAUAGAGUCGGCUGUUAAAUGGCUCUGGAAGUUGGACCAUAUGCCAGCCAUCAGCCACACUAGCUCUGCUGAGGCUCUGUUGGAAGCCAUAAGUGAUAAUACAGUUGAAGCUGUUUAUUACUUUGCUGUGGGUGAUUUUCCAAAGGACAUGAAGCAGCUACUCUUGCAGAAGGUUUCUAACAGCCCAUACCCAAUCCACACAGUAUCUUUUAAUGCCAAGGAGGAAGAAACCAUUCUUUUCCUAAAGGAGCUGAGCCAUCUAACCUCUGGAAGAUUCCAUGCAUUUGCUGAGAGAACUGACCACAUAGAUGUCAUUGGACUUGUACAAAAGAGUGAAGAGGAUGGAGACAAUAAGACUACCCAGAAUUUAAGAAAAUUGAAAGGAAAGGUGCCUAUAGCUGGUGUUAGAGAAGAUGUUUUCCUGAUCUGGAAAGAGUUGGAAGAGGCCAGAAAUGCACUGAUACAACUUCAGAAAAUUUUAUCAGAGUCUGACCUGCCUGUUUCUGGAAAAGCAACCAAAACUGACCCUCCAGUGCUUGAGACAAAACCUGAGGAUUAUAUAACUUCUAAAAAGUGGUUGCAGAAGAAUGGCUUGAAAGCUCAGAAGCUGACUUUGUAUGAGGCACUAGCUGACUGCACUUUUCGGCAUGCUGACGGGGUGGUUGACAUAAAAGCCAAGCCAGAGGAUGAAUCUUUACAAACUGAUGCUGAGACGAAUAAAAAAAUAAUCCAUGCCAAAUACUGUGAUAAAUUUGUACACACUUACUGGAAAGAUGGAUCUGUGGUUCAUGUGUAUGUUUCUACUGAGAAGUACAGGCAGUAUGAAGAGAGAAUGAAGAACGCUCUUGGACAAAUGGAAAGAAGGGUUAAAUGGCUUCAGCAGGGAAGCAGAGGACUCUUUGGGAAUGUGCUUGAAGAUCAUGUCUAUAUUCUCAUUGACACAUCUCAGUCUAUGAAGAACAAACUUCCACUUGUGAAGGAGAAAAUAUUUCAGCUCAUUCAGGAGCAGCUAAGAAACAAACACAGAUUUAACUUUGUGAAAUUUGAUGCUCAAGCAGUAGCGUGGCAAGAGAAACUCACUGAAGUUAAUGAAGAGAAUUUGCAAGAUGCUUGGCUUUGGAUAAAAGAAUUGGAGGUUGGAAGUUCCACAAAUACACUCAAAGCACUUCAAAUUGCUCUUGCUGAUAGUGACACUCAAGCCAUUUAUCUUCUUACUGAUGGGAGACCUGAUCAGCCACCAAAAACAAUUCUGGCCCAAAUCCUACUUCAUCAAAAAAUUCCUAUUCAUACCAUAUCUUUCAACUGUGAUGAUACAGAGGCUAAUAAAUUUUUGAAUGAACUGUCAACUGAAACAGGGGGACGAUUUCAUUACUAUAAUAUUUACAUGACAGAUCCUGAUGCUCCAGAACCUACUGUGAGUGAAGAUAUAUAUCUUUUAAAAAAAGAAAUUGAACAAGGGGAAAGAGAUCUUGAGAAAGUGCAGGGCUUUCAUACUGAAUGCCUGAAGAUGGAUUGGAAUAAUGGAGAAAAAGAUUGUGAAAAUAAGCAGCAUAAGCAGACUCUUACGGCAUCCUCUGUAACCACACACAUUCAGGAGCCAAACACUUCUCCUACCAUUAGGUCACACUGUGCCUCAGAAGAGCCAUUACUGACUUCACACCAGCGUACAGUAGAUGUAUGGCAAACUCACUGUGACAGUCCAGUCAGAAGAAAGACAGCUCUGUAUGCAGAGCAAACGAAGACUAGUCUGCUGAGGAUCCUGGGUCAGCAAAUGAGGUCCUGUGAAGAAAGACCAGAUGAGAGGAUAUCUCCUGAAAGAAAGGGGUUUUUGCCCAGAAAUAGUUUGAAAUUUGAUACUAUUUAUAAAGAGCUGAAUACACAAAAGAUGGCAAAAAGAACAUCUAAAGAUUCUCUAGAUACAUCUUCAGCUCAUUGGUUAAAGACUCAUGGUUUGGUGGCUAGACGACUUACCAUAAUGGAUGCCUUAGCUCCCACAGCUAUUCCUCACAGCACAAAAUACAUCCCGGUUUUAGACAAACAUGUUGUUUCUAAAGUAUUUGAUGAGGUGUUAUCUCUGGCCCACAUUAGCACUGACAAGAAGCGGAUCACACUGAUUAAUCCGCAGGCAGUGAAUCUUGAUGCCUAUAAAGAGAAGCUGGAACAAGCAAUUAAAUUCUAUGAAAGGCGCCUAAAUCUAAUUAUUUGGAGAGCACUAUCUCAAGAGGAAAGAGACAAGUUUGAGCAGGAGCAGCCAGUCUCAUAUAUGGAACACAAGGAAGCUUUGCUACAGGCCUUAGAAAACGUGGGAUGGCCUGUUUCGUAUGAUGAUGUGAUACUUUUGGAAGAUGAGAUACUGGCAGGGUUAACAUAUCUCCAACAAGCCUCUGAUCUUCAGGAAGCUGCCAAAAGGAAAAUUCAGAGGACUUCUGAAUCUCACAUCCACCACAGUAAAAUGAAAUGUACAGAAGAGAAUGUAAAGGCACAGUCUAAGAAAAGACUGAAAGGAAAAGUGUUUGAGACUCUCAAAGGCCAAAAGGUGAUUGCAAGAUCAGACAUUACAGGCUUUUAUUUUCCAGGGACUGUGAUAAAGACUAUCAGUUCCUUCGAAGCACUUGUGGACUUCAACCAUGGAGAGACACAGAUUGUUCCAAUAAAGUUCAUUAUACCUGUAGGAGGUGCUAUGCCUUGCCCAUCUCUUCAGGUUGGAGACUAUGUAUUCACCAGAACUGGGGGACAAACUGGAAAUGAUUAUUAUCUACCUGCUAUUGUCAUAGCAACACCAAAAAGAGUUGAAGCAGAUGAUAAACUCUACACAGUUUUGAAGUACAACAAUAGGAAGACACACUGUAUACGAAGUGGACUUAUAAAAAUCAGCCAAACAAAGUAUGCCUGUUCCUGCCGUUAUAUAAGAAUGGCUCAUAUGGUGGAUUGCCUGCUCCCAAAUGUACAGGCUGAGAAAUCCACCCAGAACUCAUCUCUAGAAGAAGAAACAGAAAGGGAAAAAAAAUUGAAUGAAGAUGGGGGAAAAAAGAAGAACAAAGGGAAAGCAGAAAGCAAAAAGCAUCCUAAGGAGAAGACUUCAGACUCUGAUGAUCUUUUAUUUAUCUCCAGGAGGGGAAUGAAAACCAAAGGAAGGAAUUCACAACCUAGUGACAAAGAGGAAACUGAAGGUUGAAGGAGGGAUGAAUCUGAGGAGAGUGACUACUGCUUUGGCCCAACCCAACCAUGCCUUACCCAGAUCUGCAGAGUCUUGGUCACCUGAGUCCUCUAAAGAAGAUUCUUCUAGGUGGUGUGAGGAGGAACAUGCUGCAGAGUGCCCCUUUUAUGGCACCAUCACAUUUAUUACUAUUUUUUACAUACCCCUGUGUCUCAGAAUGGAGGGAAGUGCAGCAGAACUAUUGAUAUUCAUACAUUUAAUAAAGAUGUUAUAUGAAA